CUAAGCUUUCCAUUGCAUUUAUGCAAAGCACAUCAAUGGAUCCUUUCAUAGUCCUGGUGAUUUGUCUUUCUUGUUUGAUUCUUCUUUUUCUAUGGAAUCAAAGCUAUGUGAAAGGGAAGCUGCCACCUGGCCCCACUCCUCUCCCAAUCUUUGGAAAUGUUUUACAGAUAGACACCAAGGACAUCAGCAAAUCUCUAAGCAAGCUAGCAAAAGAUUAUGGCCCUGUGUUCACCGUGUAUUUUGGCACGAAGCCCACUAUUGUGUUGCAUGGAUAUGAAGCGGUGAAGGAAGCCCUAACCGGUCAGAAUGAGGAGUUUUCUGGCAGAGGCAGUAUGCCAGUGUUCGACAAAGUCGCCCAGGGAUUAGGAAUUAUUUUCAGUAAUGGAGAAAUGUGGAAGCAAACCCGGCGUUUCUCCCUCACAGUUUUGCGGAAUAUGGGGAUGGGGAAGAACACUAUCGAAGACAGAAUUCAAGAGGAAGCCUUGUGUCUGGUGGAAGCAUUAAGAAAAACCAAUGCAUCUCCCUGUGAUCCUACUUUUCUUCUGGGCUGUGCUCCCUGCAAUGUGAUCUGCUCCAUUAUUUUCCAGAAUCGUUUUGAGUACAGUGAUAAGAAAUUGAUAACCUUGUUACAUUAUAUUCAUGAAAACCUCAGAAUUUCAAGCACUCCCUGGAUAACGCUCUACAAUGCUUUCCCCUCUUUAAUACAUUAUCUCCCUGGAAGUCAUAAUGAGUUAUUUAAAAACAUUGCUGACCAACAAAAGUUUAUCUUGGAGAAAAUAAAAGAACACCAAGAAUCCCUGGACCUCAAUAACCCUCGAGACUUUAUUGACUACUUCCUGAUUAAAAUGGAAAAGGAAAAACACAAUAAACAGUCUGAAUUUACCAUGGACAACUUGAUCACUACCAUAUGGGAUUUGUUUAGCGCGGGAACAGAGACAACGAGCACCACCCUGAGAUAUGGACUCCUGCUCCUGCUGAAGCAUCCAGAGGUCGCAGGUAAAGUCCGGGAAGAGAUUGACUGUGUGGUUGGCAGACACCGGAGCCCAAGCAUGCAGGACAGGAACCGCAUGCCCUACACAGAUGCUGUGGUGCACGAGAUCCAGAGAUACAUUGACCUCGUUCCCAACAGCUUGCCCCAUGCAACAACACAGGACAUUAAGUUCAGAGAAUAUCUUAUUCCCAAGAGCACAGAGAUAUUAACAUCUCUGACUUCUGUCCUGCACGAUGACAAAGAGUUUCCCAACCCAGAGCAGUUUGAUCCUGGCCACUUCCUGGAUGAAAGUGGUAACUUUAAGAAGAGUGACUACUUCAUGGCUUUUUCAGCAGGAAAAAGAGUUUGUGUUGGAGAAGGCCUGGCCCGCAUGGAGCUGUUUUUACUCCUGACCAACAUUUUACAGCAUUUUACCCUGAAACCUCUGGUUGACCCAAAGGACAUUGACACUACCCCAAUUCUCAGUGGGAUAGGCUCUAUACCACCCUUCUAUGAGCUCUGUUUCAUUCCAGUCUGAAGAAAGGGCAGGCCGCCUGAGCACAGAGCGAGACUCGCUAGCCUCAUCUGAACAAGCCGGAUGCUUUCUGUCCUGUUUGUUAGCCAUUAUCCAUUCCCCCUUAACAGCAGAAAUGACGUUCCUGAGCCCUGUCUCUUCUAAUUUUCCCCAUCCUUUAAGAUUCAGUUCAAAUUUCCCUGCAUGAAGUAAAGCUCACUGGUUUGUCUCCAAUAAACUUCUUAUUGUAACACAA